AUGAGGAUUCCCGCGUUAUUGUUUAUACUCACGAUUUUGCGACCUUGUGGGUGUGGAAAUGAUAAGGAGGAAGAGAUAAAGGUCUACAAACGCAGACCGGCUAGAGUCCGGAUUGCAAGAGUCACUCCAUACCCUAAUAAAGCAGUCCAUUCCCAGCCCGCCGUUUCCCGUAAAGGGGGGCUUAAUAUCGAUAUCUCCAACCCCGACGAGAGAGUAAUCGACGUCCUGGAGACGCACGGCAGAAAGAUAAGGCACAAGCGUUAUUUCUCAAGACCCGGUCUAAAGGUAACAUCUGUACGAGAUGACGUGAAAACACUAUGGGAAGCGAGUGACGCCGAAUAUUGUGCAUCAAUGAUCAUCAUCUUUUCAUGCAAAUAUCCUCCUCUUUUGGUACUUUGUCUUGUUGACAGGGGCGGAAGGGAAUCUAAAUACUUUGAAAAGAAUGACAAUGAAUGGGAAAGCAUCACCUUUAGCGAAUUUAAAGAAAAGCGUGAAAAUAUGAACAAGAAAAUGACCCGGCAGAAGGCCCGCAAAAGAUACUUUUACUAG